CGCAGUACCCGCUACCCGGCCCAUAUACAGUAAGUCGAGCUAGAGUACUGCUACCCGCCGUGAUGAAGGUCCUUAUCGUCGCUGUCACCCUGUUUGCUGUGUCACAGGCACAAUUUGGAAUCGAGUGGAACAAGCUUCCAGACCUGUUUAACUUUGGCACCAAGGCCCCAGGAACAGUAUGUAAGACCUCUGAGGAAUGUGGCGACGGCGAGUGCUGCGUGGAGGACAUCUUUGGACAGGCUGCCCUCUUAGGAAAGCGUCAGCUGAUCUGGCCAUUUACCAAGCAGCAGGGUGUGUGCAAGCCAUACAGGAAAGAGGGAAGCGCCUGCCACCCACUGCACGAGACCCACCUUCAAAGUAGUAUGUACAAAGGAAUGUACCAAUUUUCCUGCCCGUGCGACCCAACCCUGGUUUGCAAGGGAGAAAAAGUCCAACAGACCUUCGGGUUCGUGAUCCACACCAACCCCACCUGCCAGGUUGAUACCGAGACCGGAAGUGGAAAGCCCGACACCGACAAACCAGAGGAAGACUUUUAA